CUGGGGUCGCCAUCAUCAUCACGCGUGGUUUUCCCCCGAUGUUCAACCAGUGACGAUUUCCGCAGGCAUUAGGUGUUUGUUUUACGAAGAAGUACUUGAAGUAGAUUUGCUUUUGUUUCGAUUGUCGUUUUAUUUAGGUUUUUUUGCCAGUAUUUGCUUCCAUUCAUCGUCUCCGUUCGCGGGGAACUCAGAGAGGAGCCAUGUACAACGGCAUUGGCCUGACCACGCCACGAGGCAGCGGCACCAACGGCUAUGUGCAGCGCAACCUGUCGAGCGUGCGGGCAAAGCGUCCACGUGACGAGCGCGGCGGCGAGCGGGACGAGAAGGACCGUGAGAGGCUGGAGAGCCAGCUGAACCGUCAGCCCAACGCCGAGAUCCUGGAACACCAGAGAAAGAGGCAACUGGAGGUCAAGUGUGCAGAGCUGCAGGACAUGAUGGAAGAGCAGGGGUACUCCGCUGAGGAGAUUGAAGAGAAGGUGAACAGCUUCCGCAUGAUGCUGCAGGAGAAGCAGGAGCCACCUUCGGCCCCCACCGAGAGAACAUCGGCGACAGAGACUCACGCCCUGGCUGCAGCCAAUCAGCAGAAGAACGACCGGCUGAAGGCGGCGUUCGGCAUCGCCACGGACUAUGUAGAUGGCUCCUCCUUCCAUCCGGAGCGCAAGGAGCGAGAGAAGGAGAAGAGGGAGCAGGAGAAGCUGGAGAGGGAGAAGCAACAGCAGCAGAAAUAUGCGCUGGUAGAAGAGUCAGAGGACUCGGACUCCCCAGCCCGAAAACAGAGCCGCAAGAAGAAAAGGAAGAAAAACAAGAACAGAGACAGCUCAGAGAGCCCUUCCCCCUCUCCUAGACGGGUGAAAAAAACUAAAAAGAAGAAAAAGAAAAGGGACGGGUCGGAAGAAAAGGAUGACAAAGAUAGCUCCUCAGACGAGAACCAGGCGUCUAAGAAAAAACGCAAGAGAAGUGAAAAUGAGACUCUGCCCCAGAGUAAGACACGGCGCCAUAGGAGUGGGUCCUCCAGCUCUGCUCACAGCCAAUCCCCUGCCCCGCUGAGAGAGAGGCAGAAGAACCAGCCUGUCAAGAGAGCAGAGGGGAGAAAGGGGCCAUCUCCAGACAGGAGGGAGCGUGGUCGCGAGGACGGGAGUCCACAGCGUUCGGGAGGCAGAGCGAGAUCUCCCAGGUAUCCCAGCUCCCCUGAACGCCGACCGAGGGCAGACAAGGAACGGGAGAAGGAGCGACUGAAGGACAAAGAGAAAGAAAGAGAGAAGGAGCGUGAGAAAGUGAAGCCUACCAGAACAAGACACGACUCCUCUUCCCCCUCUCCUCCUCGACUGGAACGAGAGAAAGCCAGGCGCUCCAGAAGUGGAGAGAGGGAUCGAGAGAAGGAUAGAGGAAAGGAGAGAACAAUGCUGCAGAGGAGCAGACACGACUCUUCUUCAUCCCCCUCUCCACCCCCGAAACAACUGGACACCAGGAAACAGAGGAGUGGAAAGAAGGACAAACCACAAAGACGAGACUCCUCCUUGUCUCCAUCUCCAGAAAGAGAGGGAGCAAGGAGAGGAAGGAGUGGAGAGGGGGAGCGAGGAAAGGAAAGAAAUGCCCGAGCCCCAGCUGACAGAGAGAGGGGGAGAGGGAGUGAGAAAGAAGGAUCUCCCCCUAGUCGGAAAAGUGAUGGCGGGAGAGGUAGAAACUCAUCCCGCGACUCCACAUCCCCUGUCCCUCAGUCACCUCUCAUCAACGGACGACAGAAAGAAAGGGAGCACGAGGGAAGGAGGGGGAAAGAGAGGAAACCGGAGGAGAGGGGGAAAGAGAGGAAACCGGAGGAGAGGGGGAAAAGGGGGAAAGAGCGGAAACCGGAGGAGAGGGGGAAAGAGAGGAAACCGGAGGAGAGGGGCAAAGAGAGGGAGAAACAAGAGGAGCAGAGGAAGCGGGAGAGCGAAAGGGAAAAAGAGAGGGAGCGAAACCGAGAUGGAGGGAGAGAGAGUGAGAGGUCCGGCAGACUGUCUUCUACCCAACAACAUCCGUCUACCUGUUUGUCUGAAGACCUCCGCGCGGAGCGACAGGGUGAGGGGGAGAGGAGGGACAGAGAGAGGGAGAAAAAAAGACACGCGGAGGAGGACAACAGGCGGGAGAACAGAGACCGAAGCCUGCCGGAAAAGGAGCGAGAGAAGGAGUUGGAGAGGGCAAAGGAAAGAGAGAAGGAGAAACCAAAAGCGAAGGAGAGCAGCAGUAGCAGCGGGAGUGACAGCGACAGCUCUUCCUCAUCCUCUGACUCAUCAUCAUCCUCCUCUUCUUCCUCGUCCUCCGAGGGAGAGAAGAAAAAGGGAACAGUGGUGAAGAGCGGCCCAGUGAAAAAAGCCCCCCCCGCUCUCAUCUCCCCUCCCGCUGUAAGUGCUGCCUUCCAGAGGUAUCUGGGCAAUGGGGGCAGAGAGAGCGCUUCAGAGAGUGACGGACAGAGAGCUACCGGGAGAGAGAAGGAACGUGAGAGAACAGGAGGGGACAGGUCCAUGCUCUCUGAAAGGGAAAACCCGCCCCCUGCUCCCCAAAAAGCACCUGUCUCCCAACUCCCCUCUGCUGCAGAGCGCUACACCCCCACAGACAGAGAGAAGGAGCGAGGGAAGGGACAGGAGAGGUACAGCCCCACCGAGGUAGAGAGCUCCAGCCCUCCACCCUCUCCUCCCAGAAGAGGAGCCCCCCAAGGCGGAGGCGAGAGGUACUCCCCCACUGAAGUGGAAAGAGAGAAGGAGAGAGAGGGAGGGGUGAAGAGCCAGGCCAGGAGGGCAGAGCGGUACAGCCCCUCUGAGCAGGAGAGAGAGUGGGAGAGGAGGGCGCCCUCCCCAAAAGCCCCCGCAGCAGCAGUUGUCCCGCGGCCCUCCCCCCCUCGCCGCACCCCCCCACGGCAGUACCAGGACCCCCCCACUUGCUCCCCCAGCCCCCGACGACAAGCCGCCACCCGGAGAGCCUCCCCUCCUUCCCGCUCCCCGACUCGCCACUACGCCCCACGGCGGAGCCGCAGCCGGGAGCUAGAGCACAACCGAGAGAGGCAGAGAGCGAGGGAUAGAGGGAGAGAUCGUUCCAGAGACAGAGGAGCCAGGAGGAGCAGGUCGAGGAGUCCCAGAAGACGCAGUCCCUUCUACAGGUCCCGGCGAUCCCCCUCUCCCGUUCGACAAAGGAGAAGCAGCCACUCGCUAUCCAGAGAAAGGCAGAGACACCAGGAGAGAGAGAAGAAUAGAGAGCUGGAGAGAGCGAGGGAAAAAGAGCGGCAACGUGAAAAAGAGCAAGAGAGGCGAGAGCGCCAACCUCUUAAAGAGGUCCCCCCACCCCGUCGCUCUCCCUCUUCCUCUUCUGGUUCUUCUUCUUCCUCAUCCCCCUCUCCGGCCCGAGAGAGAAAGGAGCCGCCUGUAGAAAAGGUGAUGAAACCAACGGUAGAGAAAGACCGAAGAGGUGAUAGAGAGGAGCGAGAGAAAGGGGGAGACAGAGGAAGGAAGGCUUGUUCCAUCUCCUCACCGCUCCCCUCCAAGGAGACCAGUCCCCUUCCCAGCCAAUCAGAAAUCAGAGCCCACCCCAAAGAAACACGGCACUCUGACCCGCCCCGCUCCAGGUCGCCACAGGCCCUCAGCCAUUCAGAGACCAGAGUCUCUCUAGGAGAUACCUCGAGGACCCAAUCACCUGCGGUGCUCCCCUCACGCGGCUCUGACCGACCAGUCAGGACUGAAAACGGUGUGAGCGAGAAGGGGGCCAAAGAGAAAAAGAAAGGAAAGAUGGGAAGCCCCAGCUCAUCAUCAUCAUCUUCUUCCUCCUCCUCGUCAUCUUCCUCUUCGUCUUCAUCAGACAGUUCUGACUCUGAUGCAGAGCACGGAAAAGCAGGUGCCAGGAUAGCGGCUGCCCAUAGCUCUUCCUCCUCCUCAUCCUCCUCAUCAUCCUCUUCUGAAAGCGAGAAGGAAGACAAGAAAAAGAGCCCGGCGCGACCUCACAGAGUGCCAGCUGAUUCGCUGAGAGACUCGCGCUCCCUCAGCUACUCUCCACCCAGACAGAGGCGACCUGCACAUUCCCCACCCACCCGCAGGAGUGGCAGCAGGCAGUCCCCAAGCCGAUCUCCAAGCAGUAGGAGAAGAAAAUGACCCUUCACUCUGAAAUGUAACUAACUUUCCCCCUCAAUCCUCAGAUUUUUCCUAAACACUUCUGGGCUGGUUUGAACUGGACUGUACCAUUGAAUAUUAUAGGGAGGGGGAAGUUAUGGACAUUUGAUCUGUGAAUGACUGAGUGAAUUAAGCGUUGUUGUUGAUUCUGUGGCAUGAGGAUAGCACCACAGGAAGAGAGAGGCAGAAUUUGAAACCCAACAGAGGCCAAGAGGUCUGCUUUUAGUCAAGGGUUUCUGUACAUUUUGUUUUAUGCUGUACUGUAAGGAAGAAAUGUAACUGUAAAUGGUAGGUGAGAGUCCGUGAUAGGAAAGUAACCUCUGUGCAGACCCAUACAGACUGGAGUGAAGCAUUCCAGAAUCAAAACACACACACACACACACAGUCCUAUUAAAUUAUCUCACAACAACAAAGUAAUGUUCACUGCACUUUUUCUGCCCCCUCUGUAUUUGUGCAUUCUACAUGUAGAUAUGACUCAUCUGUAUUUUGGUUAUCACCGAAUGGAUUACGUGCUGUUUCCAUAUAUGUUGACUAGAAACUGCAACUCUUGGUUUGUUUCUCUUUGUGAAAAUAAAAAGUUGUAUCUUCA